UCCGCAUAUGGAAAUGCGAGCCCCGCGACCUCGGCGGACAGGACACGUGGCUAACACCCCGGAUCGCGCACUCCAUCAAACACUGCCAUCUCAAAGUGGUCUGCAUGGACUGGAACUGGACUCUCUCCAGCGACCAAGCUAGCUUCCGAGGCACGCGCAACUGGUUUGCGAACUUUGCUGAGGCUAUGGGAACAGAACAUCGCUUGAAGAGCCUUCGCAUCGACUGUAAGCAGCGAGACCCAAGCAUCGACGAGCCAUGGUUGUACGAAGAGACGGGCCCGAUCUUCGAACAUUCGGACAUCCCUUUCUUUCUCGAACCCCUCAUUGGACUCAACGGUAUCUCUCUAGUUACCGUCGAUGUACCCACUAAACAACACGAAGGCGGGAUUUCUAGUAGUUUUGCCGCUCAACUCAGGGCCAUCCUCAAGAGCCCAUCCAAGACUGAGAUGCAGCAAAUUCCCUACGUCGAGAACGCCAGGGUGAAGCGGACAGCCGACGGCGGAAUCAAGGUUCUCUCUGUCGAGACAACCAAGGAAUUUUGGGAGCCCGAGUUCAAAUGGGCCAUGGACGAUGUGUUGGAAGAGAAUAUGAGAGAGUAUGCCCGUAUCCAUGCGGAGCGGGCGCUGGGUCGAGAUUGGAGACUGUUAAAUCGAGUCGGGUACCAGACCGAGGCGGAUAUUGAUAAGUAUGAUGAUGUUUCUGCUGAGGAAAUCCACAUGGCCAUUGUCGCGCGUGGGUUGUAAGCGGAAUACGCAUAUGCUUCACACGGUUGGAAUGAGGGCAAGGAACUAGCGCGAGGGGCAUACUCUUGGGUUGGAGAAACCUUUGGAUGCGACAUCUGAGGUUUGGUGGUGCGCAGCUGCCACUGAGUCCCGUCAACCUGUUUACGAGGGUGGUACGAAAACGAAGAUGGAGCUGACCGUUCGGGUGGAUGGAAUCAUGAAGCACACUUAUCUCAGGAACCUCAGACGCUCCGCAGAGAAUUUGUAGUGGUUGCAUAACUCAGCACCUACCAUCCCCCCCUGCAACACCCAAAAUCCUCUGUGGAGCGUCUGAGCUCAAAUGGGC